CUACCCCUCCAUGCCCCCAUGCUCCUCUAUUCUCCCAUCCUCCAUCCCAUUGCAUCGUCCCUCCUAUCGCCGGCAGGGGUCGAGGGUCCCAGAAAACAAACUGCUCAAAAAGACAAGUCCGCAUCAGUCUUGUCCUGCCCUGACCGCCAAGCCCACAAGAGCACCACGCUCUUCAAGGUCGCAGAGACACAGCGAGAAAGAGAGAGAGAGUGUGUGUGUGUGUAUGCGUCAAAUACAGAAAGGAAGACGUCCAUCCUCUUGUUGUCCGCCGCCCGCAUACGCAUUCUUAAUUCUCUCAUUCUCUCAUUCUCUCUCCUCGUCUCUUUCCCCCUCCUACUUGCAUCCCUCGGCAACAAAACUUUAUUUCUCUCUGUUGCCGCCUCCUCGGAGUCCAGCUGCCAGCCUUUCUACACAGUACCAUCAUUUGUUAUAUCGUCUGUGCCCCACACAGUAGCACCGCCUGACGUGUUGUGCGUGUGUGCGUGUGUCUUGCCUGACGGCAGCUGGAGAGGGCCUGUUGCUUGGUCGGUCUGUCGAAGCUGUGGUAGGAAAAGGCCGCCGCCCAAGGUUCGACCCGCAAGUGUUGCCUCAGCCACGGACUAUCUGGGCCUGCCUGUCACGCAAAUCUCUGCACUAAUAUCCUCUGUCGUCCUCUCCUCCCGCCUGCUUUUUCUCCUGCCUGUGCCGCCGGCCAGAAAUCGCGGCCACUUUUGUGUACCUGGGACCGGCUGAUCACACAACCAAUGCCCGCAUGCGCGCUCGAUGCAGCUGGUCUCCUUAGCCUCGCGUCCUCACCAGCCUGCUGAGGCCCUGCCUUCGAGCCUCGAAUCGAGGCCGCCGCGAGGCAAUCACACAGGGGGCCGCAGGACACAAAUCCCCGAGAGCCAUCCACAGACUGAGACUGUCUCGCCGCCAUCCUCGGUUGUGUCUACCUAACGUCGGCCGGCCUGCCGGCCAACCCCACCGCCAGGCCUUACAUGAGGGCCCAGGGCUGAUGAAUAACAUAUCAUAGCCUCUUGCUCCUCAGAAUUACCUGUCCAUCUUCAUCUUCCAGCACGCCUGCCACCCUGUUCGACCUGCACUACCGCUCUGGCUACCUAAGUACCCAGUUCUCAUGGCUCAGGCCAAUCCUGCACAGCUGGACCCAACCUCGGCUGUCAAUCCUCAGGCCAAGCAGCAGAGUAUGUGGCGGAGGAUAUUCGGACAAGGCAAUGGCACAAUGGGAGUCUCGGAGAAAAUUGCACAUGAUCCGUCCACAGACCAGAGUGAGGAUGAGCCGCGCCCUGGUCUGAUUCGGAGGGUCUCACGAAAGGUAGUGCCUGGCUUGCCAAGGACACAGACUUUCAAGAGACAGCAGGAUGAAGUCCGCAACAACCUUGAACCUGUCGAACCGACACCAGUCGAGAGGAGAGCCGUCUCCGUCGACAGGCGGCUGCAUGCUUCCCAGGGCGGACUCAACUCUGCUGACCCCCGGGCAAGUGCGCCUGACUUCAUCAGGACUGAUGAGCGCACAUUCCCUGUGUCUGCGCCAUCAAUACCAAGCAGUCCUGUGGGUGAGAAGAUACAAGACCUUCUUGGUGCAAUCAGCCUUGACGAGGGUAUGAGAGAAGACCUGCCACCUCCGCAUGAGGCUGAGUCCGUCAACGACACAGCGUCCAUGACCACCUCCCAGUACGAUGCCAUGAUCCAUGAGGAACUGGAGCGUAUCUGGAUCCUCAACCUUUCCAUGCAUUUCAGGGAUAAGUCCAAGAGGGAGAAGUUCUUUGUCACCUACCGUGAGAAGGAUGUGCACUGGCGGAGGGUGACCAUAUCCUUGGACUACCGAAACGCACCAGACAACUCGCUCGAGAUGGACCUGCUCCACACCAAGUUUCAACGUGAUAAGAGCGCCAAGAUAUACGAGGCAAUCCGAGAGAGCUUGGUUGAUAUCCAGUUUUACGACACCGUGACCAAUCUCAAGUUGCAGACCACAGACGGGAGGCUGCACGUGCAUGUCGUUGAAGAUAUCAAUGAGAUAAUCCACUAUCCCACCGUCCGGAUGAUUCAGCACCUCGGAUGUCGAAGGAUAAGGGAAAGCAGCAUUGAUUUUGACUCCCACAUGUCCGGCUUCGUGUACAAGGUCCGAAUCAGAGGCCAGACACUGAUCAAGAAGGAGAUUCCUGGACCAGAUACGGUCGACGAGUUUCUUUAUGAGAUCAACGCUUUGAGUCGGCUGUCGAAUUCUCGUAAUGUCAUUGCAUUCCACGGUGUCAUUGUGGAUGACUACGGCGAGCGUGUCAAAGGUCUCCUCAUCAGCUAUGCAGAACAGGGCGCACUCAUUGAUAUCCUUUUUGACCACGACCACGCUCUCCCAUGGUUUCAGCGGGAAAGGUGGGCACGACAAAUUGUGGAGGGUCUUUCUGAAAUCCACGAGUCUGGCUUCGUCCAGGGCGACUUCACCCUUUCCAAUAUUGUUGUUGACGACGAGGACAACGCCAAGAUAAUCGACAUCAACAGGAGAGGAUGUCCCGUCGGCUGGGAACCACCAGAAGCGACUCCGCUGAUUGAGAGCAACCAGCGCAUCUCCAUGUACAUCGGUGUGAAAUCCGACCUGUAUCAGCUGGGGAUGGUGUUAUGGGCUCUGGCGGAGCAGGAGGACGAGCCAGAGACACAUGGCCGCCCGCUGAGGCUGUCCGAGGACGUAGACGUCCCGGAAUGGUACAGGACUGUCGUUAGCAUUUGUCUCGCAGACGAUCCGAGACACCGGAUGCAGGCGAUCGACUUGUUGCGCAUGUUCCCUCAGCGGACCGAGACAGACGUUCCACGUCGGGUGCAGCCGUCGAUAUCUGUCGACGAUGGGCACUCGUUGCAAGAAUACGUUGUCGAUGGGUACCAGUCAGAUGGACCUCGGGUCAUCAGGACCGUCCAGCCACCACCAGAGUGGUCUCACGGAAGUCACACUUAUGUCAACUCCCCCACUGGUAUAACCCACGAGCCCUACUUCUAUCCGACCAGGGGCCGAUCACCACCAAGUCCAAUGCCAAGCGACCUGGGUGGCUAUCGCGAGCGGAGGUAUGAUCCACCGUGGUCGCGGCCGAUGGAAAGCAGUUUCGACAGAACGAGGACCCCCACCGAGAGCGAUGUUGCCCCGGACGAGGCCAUGCGCAGACACGCCGGACCAGAUACUGUAUCUGAGAGGAACAUCGAUGCGCAUGAGCCUGUGGGUAUGGCAGAGAAGCCGCCCAUACCGGAGCUAGUCGUAAAGGAUGAAUCUGCGGCGCCAGUAGGGACGUACCACGGGUGUCUCAAUGGUGACAAGCAGGCACCGCUGGCAGAGAUCUCCGAAUCUGUUGAAGUGCCUACAGCACGCCCGCCAGUUGCCAACCACUUGACGGAGGAGGCACCACUGCAGCACGCACAGGAGAUCGGCCGUACGGGGGAGGCGGAUAAGGGGGAGGAGGGAAAGGGGGAGGAGGAAGACGCAUCACCAAAAAGCAUGGGGAUCAAUAGUCAGCACGAGAACGAGACACUACAAAGCACACAGCCACAACAACACCAGUUUCCUCUUUUUGAGGAGUCGGGGAACACAGAACCCGAAGCCCCAGGGACGCUCGCUCUGGUCCCUGGUGAGGCACAAGUACAGAAGCACAAGAGCACGCGCCAGGUCCUGGCUCCUCCGAAGGAAGCCGACGAGAGUGAAGGAAGAGCAGCCGAAAUAGGGGAACAGGUCGACAGCGCGAUCGAGAUGACGGCGCCGCCGCCGCACCACCUGAUAGAUCUCGGGGCCGGCCGGCCGACACCGGCGGCCCGCCACGGGUCGUCGGGGUCUGCUGACUCCGGGACCGUCCCGCCCGAGUUUCUGGGUAUCGGGUCGGGCCAUGAUGCCUCGGACUCGGUGGGCAAGCCCCGCGACAUCGACGGUGACCUGGUUAUCUGAAUCCACAGCGCGACAGUUUUCACAAAAACCAUGCUAGACGACAGCGACGAAACGACCAGACAUGACAGUUCCAUCUGAUUUUAUUUUUGUUCUUCUUGUCAUCUCAUAUCAUUUUUCCCCACUUCACAUUGUGUGUAUUUGAUUGUGGUUGGAUGGAGAGGAGGCGGCUGGGUGGAAGUUCAUCUUUAUUCAUUUUUCAUCAUUGGCAUUUUCUGGGAAGGCGGAGAUGGCUGAACAGUUUCCAACCGGGAGCUGUGGCUCUGUAGUUCGGUGGGUCGAGGAGACCUUAGGCAUUGUUUGUUUGAUAGCUAGCAUACAAGCCGGUCGUGGACUGUACGAUUGUAAUGAAAUCAUAUGGGAACAAAAGAAGCCGUGUUUGGCUACCAGGGCAUAUUGCCGUGAAGAAUUAGUUGAUGUGCAUAUGAUAUAUUAGCAGCUGGCAAGUCGUCAGGGCCCCCGGAGUAUACAUUCCGGACAGGCGGGUGGGAUUGUGUGAGGAUGCAGGCUACCAGAUGGAUGUAUGUACCUAAGUAGUCAAGUCUUUGAAUAUUUAAAAAGUACGUAUAGCAGCAACCCCUACCCACGGGGGGUUAGUGCACGGACCACCAUGCACAAGUCGUCUGUCGAAGGGGCGGCACGCACAGAGGCGGCGAAGCGGCGAGGAUGCACGGGAAGUACCUUCCUCCAGAGGAAGAGGCCUGAUUGGAGCAAGGAGCCCAGCACCUUCCUCGGCUCGGAAUUGACAGCGCGGGCGGUUCUCGUCUCGGGGGGCGCCAGCUCGAGGUCUGGCACUGGCGUUCCCGUGGCCCGCGAGGAUUAUGAGAUGAAACACGGGACCAUGUGACAGUCGAUUUGUUGAGAAAACGGCUCGGUCUUCUGUUUUCUGUCUAGGCGGGCUGGCGGGCUGGCCAGGCUGCUAGGGUCCCAAGGUGGCCCGGCCGUUAGGGUGGCUAGCAGCUGCGACGGGUCCGGUGGCACGCAGCCGCGGUAGCUUCGGUAGUAUUUGCAGCGUUUGUGGUAAUCUGUCAUUGGCUUUGUGGGCUUGCAACUUGGUAGAUCCG